AUGGCACACACGUCCUUUGACAUGCAGGCGUUCCACGCUCAAAUCGACGACACUGUCAAGAAGCACUUCCCUCCUUCGUCGCCGCCAACUCUCCCACACCCUUCAGCUCUUACUCGCGCGGCAGCUUCCCUUCCCAAGGCCUCAGAUGCUCUAUCGAAACCCCUCGGCGUCUCUGCCACGACAGCUCAUCUCCUCGAGGAUAUCGUGCCUGCGCUCUCGGGCCAAGCCCUCUCCCCACGCUACUACGGCUUCGUCACCGGUAGCGUCCACCCCGCCGCUCAGGCCGCCGAAGCCGUCGUCGCCGCUCUGGACCAAAAUGUCCAGGUCCACCUUCCAGAUCAGACCAUCGCCACCGACGUCGAAGCAGCGGCUCUCGACCUUCUCGCCGACCUCCUUGGGCUAUCUCAUCCGCAGACCGGCGCCCCGCGUGGUAUCUUCACGGGUCGCACCUUUACGACUGGCGCCACGGGGAGCAAUAUCCUCGGUCUGGCGUGCGCAAGAGAGCAUGUUCUUGCACGGCGCGUGCCGCCAGGUUCACCCUCGGUGGGGGAGCUAGGAAUCCUGGGCGCCUGCGUCGCGGCAGGAGUCACGGAGAUUCAGGUUCUGACGAGCAUGGGCCACAGCUCGCUCUCCAAGGCGGCAAGCGUUGUAGGACUGGGCAGGGCCAGCGUAAAGCAGAUGGCCAAAAGUCCCGAGCGGCCGUGGCUUCUCGACGUGGAUGCUGUCGAGAGGGAGCUUGUGGCGAGAGACGGGACAGGCGUCGCGACCAUCAUUGCGGUCAGUGCGGGAGAGGUGAACACGGGACUAUUCGCAGCGGGCAAAGAGGACAUGGAGCGGCUGAGGGCCCUGGCUGACCUGUACGGCAGCUGGAUUCAUGUGGACGGAGGCAAGUCGUCGCCUGUUAUGUGUGGCGAAGAAAUGGACCUAACAUGGGAAAACACAGCUUUCGGUAUUUUUGCCGCCGCACUCGCUCCCGGGACCGUCUUCGACAAGCUCCGCGAACGAGUUUCAGGCGUCCACCUCGCGGAUAGCAUCGCAGUCGACGGACACAAGCUUUUGAACGUGCCGUACGACUGCGGCAUGUUCUUCACCCGGUCCCUGUCCACCUUGACCAAUGUCUUCACCAACCCAAACGCAGCGUACCUUGCCUCGUCCGCCGGUGCCCCGAUCCCCAGCCCCCUGAAUGUCGGCCUCGAAAACUCACGUCGGUUCCGCGCUCUGCCAGCGUAUGCAGUCCUGCGUAGCGAAGGUCGCAAUGGUAUGGCCGCCAUGCUGGGUCGCAUGGUCGAGCUGGCGCGGCGAAUCGCGUGUUUUGUGCGUGACUCGGAACACUACGACUGGCUACCCAAUGGUGAGGCAGACGUUGGUGAUACGCACAUCAUCGUCUUGCUUCGGGCAAAGGACGUCACGCUGAACGACGAGCUCGUGGCGCGAAUCAACGAGACGAGAGACAUGUACGUCAGCGGCACUUCAUGGGGCGGACAAAAGGCAGUGAGGGUGGCGAUCGGUAGCUGGCGGGUUGAUGUUGAAAGAGACUUUGCGGUCGUGGGGGCGAUCCUGUCCGCCGUUGCCGAAGGUCGUCCGUACACCGCAGCUGUCUAG